AUGAUGUCCAUGGAGCUCACAAAAGUGUUUUUUAUGGUAUUUUGGGUGAAAUGUUUUGUGAGCUGCUCAGAGGAUGCUUACCUGAACACGGCUCUGCAGCUUAUGUCCGAGACUCCGCUUAUCGAUGGGCAUAAUGAUCUGCCGUGGCAAUUGAGGCUACGAUUUAACAACCAGCUCAGCAAAGUGGAUCUACACACUUUUAAUGGGACGCACACCAACAUCCCUAAAAUCAAGGAAGGACGACUCGGAGCACAGUUCUGGUCCGCCUUUGUCCGCUGUGACACCCAGUACAAAGACGCCGUGAGGCAGACACUUGAGCAGAUCGAUAUCGUUCACAGAAUGUGUCAAAAAUACCCAGACGUUUUUAUGUUCGCCUACAGCAGUCAGGACAUAUUGGACGCGUUCAGGCAGAAUAAGACGGCCAGCCUGAUCGGGGUGGAGGGUGGUCACUCCAUCGACAGCAGCCUGGGCACGCUCCGCACCAUGUACCAGCUCGGAGUGCGCUAUCUCACCCUCACACACUCCUGCAACACACCCUGGGCCGAUAAUUGGCUUGAAGACACAGAAUCAGAGCCAUCCCAACACAAUGGUUUGACUCCUUUUGGCAAGCAAGUAAUCCACGAGAUGAAUCGACUGGGAAUGCUGAUCGACUUGGCCCAUGUGACAGUGAAAGUAAUGGAGCAGGUUUUGGAGAUGUCCCAGGCCCCCGUCAUAUUCAGCCACUCCUCUGCGUACUCUAUCUGCAAACACAAAAGGAACGUCCCGGACCACAUCCUCACAAAAGUAAAAGAAAAGAAGGGGAUUGUGAUGGUGAACUUUUACAACGAUUAUGUCACCUGCAGUCACACCGCCAACAUCUCUAACGUUGCCGAUCACUUUGACCACAUAAAGAAAAUCGGUGGAGCUGAAAUUAUUGGUUUUGGUGGAGACUAUGAUGGAGUUACAAGGCUGCCGGAGGGACUGGAGGACGUGUCCAAAGUGCCCCGUCUGGUGGCCGAGCUGCUGAGGAGGGGGUGGAAAAACGAGGAGGUGAAAGCUGCUCUGGGAGAAAAUCUGCUCCGAGUGCUGAGAGAGGCCGAGAAGGUGCGGGACAACCUAAGCAGCAGAGUUCCGGAUGACCUCCCUAUCCCGUACGAGCAGGUGGAGAACCCCUGCAGAACCAGCUACGGCUACGACGUCCCAAACCAGGCCGCGGUCCACCAGCUCGCCACCUUUUCACUGCUGAUCACUGUCCUCCUCCUGCAAGCUUUGAUUUCACAUUAA